AUGGCUCCGCUAGACAAGAAGAGGCCUUCAGGCGAGGAUAAGGGGCUUGGGCCGCCUUCAUCUCCAGGAACACCUCUCCAGCGCCAUUUCUCGGCCGAAGCGAAUCCUUUCGCGUCGAGUGCUGAAGUAGUAUCUCCACCACCGCUUCAGAGAAGCAGGACUUCUAGUGGCACUGCGCUCAAAACUCCGGCCCGGGUUAUUCGACCAGACGAUUCCUGGCAGAAGCACCCAACUCGAAGAAGUUCUGCAUCAUACACACCUCAGGCGACCACAAGAUCACCUUCGUUCAAAGUCUGGCACAGAAGAGACUCUCUCGCGAAGCUCGAAUCGGCUGGCCCAGAACUUCCGCAGACCUUUAAUCCUGAUUCCUUACCCGACUUCCUCAAGAGCUUCUCACGGAGACUGUCGAAAUCUCGGGGGCCGGGAAAUCCUAACCCGCUUCAUACCCCUCCUCACUCAGUCAAGAUGGAUCGCCUUCGGCCUGUGUCUGUCGCGAUGACGGCACAUUACAGAGAGGCCGUGCGACUUGCAGAGCAACAGCAGCGGGCCGUGACUGAGAAGUGCAAGCGAGCAAGGCAGCCUGAGCCAGAUUACACUUUUGACGAGCUUAUCGGGAAGGGCAGCUUUGGAAGAGUGUACAAAGGCCGACAGACCUCAUCAAACAGAGUUGUUGCCAUCAAAGUUCUCGACAUUGACGAAGCAGAUUUCCGUGCGUUUGGCGAGUCAAAAGAUGAACAGAUCCGGGACUUUCAACGAGAAAUCCGCAUCCUGCGGCAGGCGCAAGAAAGCGGUGCCGAAAACCUCAACCAUCUCAUUGAAGCUUUGCCGGUUCAUAGUCAAUUGUGGAUGAUUUGUGAACACUGUCCUGGUGGCAGUGUCAAAACCUUGAUGAGAGCCACAAAGGACCGGCUUCCCGAAGAGAAAUAUCUCAUUGUUGUGGCAAGAGAGCUCGCCAAAGCGUUGAAAGGUCUCCAUGAAGCUGGCAUCAUCCACAGAGAUGUCAAAGCGGCCAAUGUGCUCAUUCAUGAACGGGGCCAUCUCCAACUUUGUGAUUUUGGCGUUGCCAACAUCUUAGAGACCAGCACAGACAAGCGAAAAACAUUCAUAGGAACGCUGCACUGGAUGGCACCAGAAGCCUGGUCUGAGAACCCAGAAUAUUCGGACGAAGUGGACGUCUGGGGAUACGGCUGUACCUUGUAUGAAUGCGCCGUUGGCCGUCCUCCAAACAGUGACUUGCGUGAGCACCAAAAACUCAAAGUCCGAAUGAGAAGGCUCAAAGAAUCAAUUGCACUUCCAAAAGACCAAAAUUUCAGUGAAGACCUCCGUUCUCUGGUCUCCUCGACUCUCACUCCGGAUGUUGCUUCACGACCUAACAUGGUAAAAGUGUUACAGCACGAGUACCUCAAAGACACUGAAGAAACAUACCCAACUGCAAUUCUUUCCGAACUUGUUCUCACCUACUACAGAUGGGCCAAUCUUGGCGGUCAGCGAGUCUCUCUCUUUAUGCCUGGUGGCGCAGCCGCCGCUUCGACUGAAGACCUCGACAACGACCUCGAGUCUGCCGAUGAAUGGAAUUUCAGCAUGACUGAAGAUUUUGAACGACGCGCCUCCGCAAUACUCGAGAUACCAGACUUUUCAAGUGAAACAAUGGAAGGAGAAGAAACACCUCGAGGCCCCUCGAAAGCCAGCGCCAGUUCGCCUCUGAUGACUGCCGCUCAGAAGGCGAAUUUUGAAGCUCGCGUCCAACGCGGUGCAGACUUAUCCAACCUCUUCGAUCCGAACAAACCCGCCUACGAGUACAAGACCAAGACAGAUUUCAUCCCCAUUCCUGAACAGUCGAGACGGAUAUCCGAUCUUCCUUUCCGAGCCAUGGCAGAAGAUAGACCAAGCUCAAUUGCAUCCAAUGUUAUCGACCUAGGCGACUUUGACGAAUCCGACUACGCGGUCAUCCCUGCGCCAAAAACCGAUGACAACAUUCAAACCGCAUACGCCGGUACACCCAUGAAAGAAGAGACCAUCAGGCUUGCGGACGCAGCUACACUUAGAGAGAAGCGUGCGAAUUCCAAAGGCCCUCGCGACCCCGUCAGCCAAUCUCUCACCGCACGACGAACCUCAUCGGCCGAGAAAAUGCCUCCCACGACCGCCACUUAUGACUUUGCCGCAUCUCAGGAAGAAUGGACGGUCAAGAACAGAGGCAAAGCCCCUGAACUCCAAGAGCCCGCUGAAAUCACAUCAUCUCGUCCUGGCCAUGCUACAAUGGACUGGUCUUUCGCGUCCGCCAUGUCUGAAGCAUCAAUCCCACAAAUCAAUGAGCCAGAAACGUCCAUGGGAGACAGCACUCCGAGUCGCGACGACACAGAUAAUACCAACACGGCUGAAUCUGAGCGAAGAGCUAGAAAACACGCAACUAUGGAAUGGUCAUUCUCCUCGGCCAUGGCGGAAGCAAACAAUACAACGUCAAACGACGACUACAGCAGCGACAUUAACAGCAACAUCGGCUCGUCUCCCCCGAUCGCUCCUCGCAGUGCGACUCAAGCAGCACCAUCGGCACUUCCAUUACCCACAUCACGCGCCACACCGACACGUGCUCCGCUCAUGAGACAAAUGACCAUGCCCGUCACGUACGGUGACUUUGCGCAGGCCGAAGAACAAGAAAUUCCCCGUCCAUCGACGGCCUUGUCGGAGGCGUACAGCGACGUGAGCGCGUCGAGCACCGACGUCGACCCGUUUGGCCUGGAGCGUGAAGACGACGAAGACGACCACCCUGGUCCUGAGACGCUCGAUGAAGAUGUCGAAAUGGGUCGCCAUUACCACCUCCGCGGCCGAAGCAUGUACUCUGACAGAGGUUUUGACUCGAAGAAGUCACACAAUUCUAAUGGCAAUAACAAUCCGAAUGCCGCCGCGAGAAGUUCGACGUCACACUAUACCUCAUCAUCCACAACCAUUACUGCUACUACUAGAAAUCCUGCCUCGACAGGAGCGGGAGCAAUGCCAAUGGAUAGUAGCAGCGCAACAACGACCCCAAUGACCGCCAAUGGUCCGGGUUUCGGUCUUGGUUUGGGUAUGGGGGUUGGAAUGGGCGGGGGCAUGAGUACAAUCCGCCAACGCACGUCGGUCGGCUCGGCCUCGGGUGCAGCGACGGCGACAACAGGCGGCGCCGGUGGCCGUCUGGUCGUCGACGUCCCCCCGGCCUCUCCGCCCAGCUUGGGCGCGAUGGGGCUGGGGGCCUCGCAAGAACAGAUGGAGGCCGAGUUUAUUCGGCUCCUGGAGGGCAUGCAGGGCACGUUGAAUGCUGCCCGCGAGGUCGUCGGCGGGCUGGAGAGGCGUGCCCGGCAACAAGGGCAGGUGGAGAGUGAGUGGGAGGAUGAGGAGUGA